CGCAGUUCCAUCGAGGUCCCCAACCGAACUCCAGUUCCAUUCCGUCUUCUGUCUCGCGGUACAAUCCCACCGCCUGGCUUGUAACAAAAACAACAUCAUCGCUCAUCAUUCUGUCUUGUCGCUACCAUCGUGUCUGAAGCACUGGCCCGCGCCCCGAUUGUAUCCCCUCUUGACCCCAUUGUUUUAUGAGAACGGUAUAGAUCAUACAGAGGCUCGCCGAGCUUCUGAUUUCCAGAAUUCGCAAUGUCGUCAGCAAGCAAAGCAUCCCGUUUGGGGGAAGAGAUCUGGAAGACGAGGAUCGAAAAAGUUAACGCCGAACUAGUCGUCCUCACCUACGGAACCAUAGUGGCGCAGAUAUGCAAGGACUUUGAGAAUGACUAUGCCGAAGUCAACAAGCAGCUGGAUAGAAUGGGAUACAACAUUGGCCUCCGUCUGAUCGAGGACUACCUGGCCAAGUCCAACACGAUGCGCCGGUGCUCCAACUUUCGCGAAACCGCAGAGAUGAUCGCCAAGGUGGGCUUCAAGAUCUUCCUCAACGUCACCCCAACAAUCACAAACUGGACAGGCGACAACAAGCAGUUCUCCCUCGUUUUCGACGAGAACCCCCUCGCCGAUUUUGUCGAACUGCCCGAUGACGGCCGGGCUCAAGACCAGCUCUGGUUCUCGAACAUCCUGUGUGGUGUGCUGCGCGGUGCUCUCGAGAUGGUACAAAUGCAAGUCGAGACCCACUUCAUCAGCGACGUGCUCAGGGGCCACGAUACGACCGAGAUGCGCGUCACGCUCGUACGCUACAUCGACGAUGAACUUCCACCCGAGGACGACUAGGAGACCAUACAAUCGAAUAACAAUUAGGAGUUGGUCCAUGAGGAUGCGAGCACCGAAGUAGCCGACACUCGCCAAGUCUCGCCCGAAAGCGAUAAUACGGCCACGGCAGACGAGGUGACGGCAGAGGCUUUUGUGGCUUUCUUGACGGACAUCCGCACCAAAAAAGGAGACGAGAUGGAUGAGCAGCAGGAACCACCUGGAAUGACCGAUGCCCAAAUCCUGCCCCCACGAGAGGAGGUCUUUGAGGAUGUGGAACUCGGACCGCAGGAGUCUCCCAUUCGGUUCCACAAACCAACCACUAGGCUGCGGAUCGGCACUUGGAUGAGUGAAAGAUGGAAAACACAUUCACCAAUGAUGAAGAGAGAAGGGUAUGAACAGUAAUAGACGAGCAUAUCAGGCUCUGGAAGGAUGGAGUUGGGGCGUCCGUUCAGUCACAAAUCCCGAGCGAAAUCAGGCAAUGGCUUAUAAUGUUUUACAAAUGAUAGCGAUACAUAUACCUCUUCUUCCAGGUCCAGUUCGCAUCGCCCAUGCACAGAGCUACUGGUGACAGAUCUUUAUCUGACAGACCUUAGCCCCUGUCCUCGGUGGUUCCUUUAGAUGUGGCUCAAGUGAACGCAUUGGCACAUAUUUGACGGAUGAGUGAGUACCUGCAUGUCAAAGAAAGCAUGAUGCCGCUUCCAGUCGCUGUCGAAACCACGAGUCCGGGCGCUUACUCGAAGAGGAUUUCUUUAUCAUCGCAGCAUCCCCCCUUCCUACCGCCCGCUGUUGUUCUCGCCAACGCCAUGUCAUAUGACACACUCGGGGGGAAAAGAGAGAAAAGAGAGAGAGACAUCUGUCGAAGCACCAAGAUUACCAACAAGACCAUCGUCAUGUCAAAACACAGAACCG